AUGCUGCAGGAGGAUAUUCAGAAGUUGCAGCAGAAGCUGGCCGCGGCUAACUGCCGCACAGUUCAAGUCUCCGAGAGCCGCCGGGAGCUACGGGAGCUGCGCGCUGCCUUGCAGGUUGCCCAGAAGGAGAAAGAGCAACUGCAGGACGAAAAACAGGAGUUGCUGGUGUACAUACGCCGCCUUGAAGAACGUUUGGAGAAAGUGGCAGAUGAGAAAUGGAGUGAAUCAGUUCUGAUUGAUGAUGAAGAGGAGAGAGCUCUGGAUACUCCUGGCUCCCUGGACUCCCCGCUGUCUGAUUCCGAGGACGAAUGCCCCGAGGACAUGCGCCUGCCUGCUCAGCUCAGUUCUUACAGCCUGUGUGACACCCGGGCAGUGACCACCACGCCUCCCUGUGCCCAUGGGCCAUCUCACACAGUGGUGAUCAGCCAGCCUGCUCCUAUUGCUAGUCAGAUCAAACAGCCGCCCGAGGAUUCCAGUUCUGACUCG